AUGGCGGCGGCGGCGGCUGCUCCUCCCGCGGGUGGCGGGGGCUGCUGCCCGGCCGGGCCCGGCGGCGGCUCGGUGCCCGUGCUCUUUUGCUUCUCGGUCUUCGCCCGGCCCUCGACAGUGCCGCACGGCGCCGGCUACGAGCUGCUGAUCCAGAAGUUCCUGAGCCUCUACGGGGACCAGCUCGACAUGCACCGCAAGUUCGUGGUGCAGCUCUUCGCCGAGGAGUGGAGCCAGUACAUCGACCUGCCCAAGGGCUUCGUGGUCAGCGAGCGCUGCAAAGUGCGCCUGGUGCCGUUGCAGAUACAGAUAACUACAUUAGGCAACCUGACACCUUCAAGCACUGUAUUCUUCUGUUGCGAUAUGCAAGAAAGAUUCAGACCUGCUAUCAAAUAUUUUGGUGAUAUCAUCAGUGUAGGACAACGAUUGGUCCAGGGUGCACGGAUUUUAGGAAUUCCAGUCAUUGUGACAGAACAGUAUCCCAAAGGCCUUGGAAGCACCGUGCAAGAAAUUGAUUUAACAGGAGUUAAACUUGUGCUUCCAAAAACAAAAUUUUCUAUGGUAUUGCCAGAAGUAGAAGCUGCCUUAGCGGAUAUUCCUGGAGUCCGCAGUGUUGUCUUGUUUGGAGUAGAAACUCACGUGUGCAUCCAGCAAACAGCGUUGGAAUUGGUUGGCAGAGGUGUGGAAGUUCACAUUGUAGCAGAUGCCACCUCAUCAAGAAGUAUGAUGGACAGGAUGUUUGCUCUUGAGCGUCUUGCUCGCACUGGAAUAAUAGUUACCACUAGUGAGGCCAUCUUGCUGCAGCUGGUAGCUGAUAAAGAUCAUCCAAAAUUCAAAGAAAUUCAAAACAUCAUUAAGGCAAGUGCUCCAGAGUCAGGGCUCCUUUCCAAAGUAUAAAGAGGGCUUUUUGAAAGAGCAGCACAUUGUCAUCUUUAAGGCAGAACUAAAGUUGUAAACAGACAUGCGUGCACGCUCUCACACCAGCUUCAGUAGAAAUAUAAAACUAAAAAUUGGCGUAUUUGUGCUUGCCUUAGAAAUAUUUGUCUGGGUGCCAGUGUGUUCUGUUUAAUCACAGCUGUCAAAGACAUUGAGUACCAUGAGAUGCUUUUAUUGUCAGACGUUCUAUUAUUUAUUUAAAAAAAACUUAACAGAGGUGCCUGUUAGUCUGUACUGUAUCCACUGAUUGUUACACUUCUCCAAAAAGUGCACAUUUCUGUGAAAUCUCUCUUGAUUGUUCACUUUGUAAAAGUGUACUGUGAUAUUCUGCUUCAGUUUUGUAUUGAUCGAGGUAAAUGUGAUGUGAUAAUAUGCUUUAACUUUGUGCAUAAAUUAAACUAUUUUAAUAGAGAAUUUCAAUAGUAUAAAAUAGAUGGACUACAUGUUUACAUUGUCUGUCUGUCUGUCUGUCUUUUAGAAUAAAAGCUAAAUGCUUUGCUUAUUCAGUAAACAAGCCAAGUAGCUCAAGCAACAAUCUAGGCUUAAUUAUUUUGGGUGGCUGAAGUGGACUAUGUUGAUUAUUCCAGACUUUUGACUCCCUAAUCCUGUUUUAAUGUUCUGUACUUCAACUACAGGUUCCAGGAAGCAAUCAUUGGGUCACUGCCCCUUUCAAAAUUAUAAAGAAAUCUGUCAAUUUGUUAAUGAGAUGAUCUAAAAGAUUGGUUUAUAGUAAUUCACAACUAGUGGGAGACUACUAGCAUUUAAAAUUGAAAAACAAAUCUUAAACGCUUUCAGUUUCAAUUACUAAAGGCUAAUUAUUUCUAGAAAUGUCCUUGGAUUUUUUUAAUCCUUGUAUGACUAGAUUUAAUAAACUCCAUCUGGUUUCUGCAUUAAGCCAAGCAAGCCCUGAAAAAAAUAAUCAACUUUUCUAGUCUGUUGUAGACUUCUGCAGCACUGAUGUUGGAAUUUGAUUGGAAUCUAGCCUAAAAGCGUAAUUUAAAAAGGGACAUCUGCAACUUGUUGCUAUAUAUUUUGUAGCUGGAACUUUAACACGAUUGUUCCUCUUGAAGGCACCUUCUUCAUGUUCAAAUGGGUUAAAAAAUGUUACAUAAUGUUUACAACAAGAAUGUAACUU